AUGAUUUGGCAAAUAUACACCGUUGAUAUUAGUAAACAGUUCUCACUUUCCUCGCUCAGCGAAGACUCAGCUACGCCAAGUAAUCGGACGGCGAUGGCGGUUGGAAAGGAGAACGCGACGGCGCCGGCGGAUGAAGGUGGAGAGAUACAGAAGGCACGCACGGAUAAGAGGGAAUAUCGGAGGAUAGUUCUUGAGAAUUCGCUGGAGGUGUUGUUGAUCAGCGACACAGAGACUGACAAGUGUGCUGCUUCAAUGAACGUUAGCGUCGGAUCCUUCUCGGACCCAGAAGGAUUAGACGGGCUUGCUCAUUUCCUCGAGCAUAUGCUAUUUUUUGCAAGUGAAAAGUACCCAGAGGAAGAUAGUUAUUCCAAGUACAUCGCUGAGCAUGGAGGGAGCACAAAUGCUUAUACAUCCACUGAAGACACAAACUACCAUUUCGACGUCAACACAGACUCUUUCGACGAGGCUUUGGACAGGUUUGCGCAGUUCUUUAUCAAACCACUUAUGUCAGCUGAUGCAACCAUGAGGGAGAUCAAGGCCGUUGACUCUGAGAAUCAGCAAAACUUGUUGUCUGAUUCUUGGCGUAUGACUCAGUUACAGAAGCAUCUAAGUAGAGAAGACCAUCCGUAUCACAAAUUUAGCACAGGGAACAUGGAUACUCUUCAUGUACGACCUGAAGCAAAAGGAAUAGAUACAAGGAGUGAACUUCUUAAAUUCUAUGACGAGUACUAUUCUGCCAACAUUAUGCAUCUGGUUGUUUAUGGCAAGGAAAACCUUGAUAAAAUUCAAGCCAUAGUGGAAAAAAUGUUCCAGGAAAUCCGAAACACCAACAAGUGUAUCCCUAGAUUUCUUGGUCAGCCGUGUACUCUGGACCAUUUGCAGGUUCUUGUAAAGGCUGUUCCCAUAAAGCAGGGUCACGAGCUUAAUGUUUCUUGGCCUGUAACUCCCAGCAUCCAUCAUUAUGAAGAAGCACCAUGUAGUUACCUUAGUCAUCUAAUUGGUCAUGAAGGCGAAGGAAGUUUGUUUCAUGCCUUAAAAAUCUUGGGUUGGGCAACCGAAUUGUAUGCUUGUGAAGCAGACUGGAAUAUGGAGUAUUCUUUUUUCAAUGUUUGGAUUAAUCUUACUGAUGCUGGCCAUGAGCAUAUGGAACAAGUAUUAGGGUUGUUGUUCAGAUACAUUAAGCUUUUACAACAGUCUGGUGUUUCCCAGUGGAUUUUUGAUGAGCUUGCAGCUAUCUGUGAGGCAGAAUUUCAUUAUCAAGCCAAAACAGACCCAAUAUCUGAUGCAGUGGAGCAUUCAUCAAGCAUGACGAUAUACCCAAUUAAGCAUUGGCUGGUUGGAUCAUCACUGCCUUCAAAAUUUAAUCCAGCUACUCUACAAAAGGCCAUAGAUGAGCUUUCUCUCAGUAAUGUUCGAAUCUUUUGGGAAUCAAAUACAUUUGAAGGCAAAACUGACGAGGUUGAGCCAUGGUACAACACUGCUUAUUCUCUUGAGAAGAUAACCAAAUUCACCAUUCAGGAGUGGGUGCAGUCUGCCCCCGAUGUAAACUUGCUUCUACCAACACCUAACGUCUUCAUUCCUACGGAUUUGUCAUUAAAGGAUGUUAUAGACAAGGAAAUGUUUCCUGUUCUGUUGAGAAAGACACCGUUCUCAAGAUUGUGGUAUAAGCCUGAUACGAAGUUCUUCAAACCAAAGGCAUAUGUUGUGAUGGAUUUCAACUGCCCACUUGCAGCCACCUCCCCCGACGCUGUGGUUCUUUCAAAUAUAUUUGUUUGGCUGCUGGUCGACUACUUGAAUGAAUAUGCUUAUUAUGCUCAGGCUGCUGGUCUUGACUAUGGAUUAAACCUUUCGGGCAGUGGAUUUGAGCUCUCUCUUGUUGGCUUUAAUCACAAAUUGAGGAUCUUGCUAGAAGCUAUCAUUCAAAAAAUAGCAACAUUCCAAGUUAAACCUGACAGGUUUUCCGUUAUCAAGGAGACGGUCACAAGGUCAUACCAAAAUUACAAAUACCAAAAACCCUAUGAACAAGCAAUGUCUUACUGCUCAUUGGUAUUACACGACCAGACUUGGCCUUGGACAGAGGAACUAGAUGCUCUCUCUCAUUUGGAAGCUCAAGACUUAACAAAUUUCGUUCCAAUGUUGUUAUCAAGGACAUUUGUUGAGUGCUAUAUAGCAGGAAAUGUUGACAAGAGCGAAGCAAAGUCAAUGGUGAAGCAUAUUGAAGAUGUUCUUUUUAACGACCCAAAACCUAUUUGUCGUCCGGUAUUUCCCUCCCAGCUCCCGACCAAUAGGAUUGCAGAGCUCGGAAGAGGAAUGAGAUACUUUUAUCAUCAAGAAGGCUCAAACCCCAGCGAUGAAAAUUCUGCUCUAGUGCAUUAUAUUCAGGUCCAUCAAGAUGAAUUUUCCAUGAAUGUUAAACUUCAGCUUUUCGAGCUAAUUGCAAAGCAAGCCACAUUUCAUCAGCUUAGAACGGUCGAGCAACUUGGUUACAUUACUUCACUUUCUCAAAGCAACGACUCUGGCGUCUAUGGUUUACAGUUCAUUGUCCAGUCUUCAGUUAAGGGUCCUGGACACAUUGAUUCGAGGGUCGAGUCACUUCUCAAGGACCUUGAGAGUAAACUCUACGAGAUGAGCGAUGAAGAAUUCAAGAGCAAUGUAACAGCUUUGAUAGACAUGAAGCUUGAGAAACAUAAAAACUUGUCGGAGGAAUCUUGGUUUUACUGGGGAGAGAUUCAAAACGGCACACUCCGAUUCAACCGCAUAGACGCAGAGGUUGCUGCAUUAAGAGAGCUAAAGAAUGAAGAACUGAUAGACUUCUUUGACGAAUACAUUGGCGCACCAAAAAAGAGAUCUCUGAGCAUAUGCGUUUAUGGAAACCAGCAUUUGAAUGAAAUGGCAUCGGACAAAGACAGAGUUGUGUCACCACUCGUAGAAAUCCAAGACAUUGUUGGUUUCAGGAAGUCUCAGCCUCUUUACGGAUCGUUGAGAGGAUGUAGCCAGCUGAAACUGUGAGGAGAACCCAUAACGAUAUUAUUGUAUAUAAAACAUAGUUUUAUCAUAAAAAACAGAGUUUGUCGAUAUUUGAUUGUGGAUGAAUCGUGGAAUCAUUUUUACGAGAAUAAUACAUCCAGAAAAAUAUACUAGAUUGUCAAACCGAUUAACAUAUUUGCUUCUGAUUG